CUUCUCCGCGAGAGAAGAAACACCAACGAUGAGCGAGCUCCAGUCCUGCGAGCCACAAAUGUCGCAGGCUGGUGGCUUCGACGGAGGAGCGAUGGCAGGCGACCGGUGGUGGCGAGCGGCGAGAUAUUUCCGGACGGCGAGCUUCGUUCCCAGCGGCGGCGAUUCCGGAUAGAGGGAAACCAACCUCCGGCGAUGGUGGAGGUUCCAGGCGGCGAUGGCGGAGGUUCCACUUCCGGCGAGCUCGAUUUCAGCGAACAGAGACCUCAGCGAGCUCGUGGGAACGACCAGGCAGCUCCAAGACCUUCGGCGAGCUCCAAUCGACGGCGGCGGCGGGCGGCGGCGGCGGACGGCGGCAGACGGCGAACUCCGGCUCUGAUACCACUGUAAGACUGGGGGCUCAGAGAUACAAAGCGCAUGAUAGAAUGCAGGCAGAGUACAGGUGCCACUUGCCAGCCUAACUGAUAGAACUCUCCAGCCUAUCAUCUACUAUGAGGCUAUGAGCAUC